AUGAAUGCACCCACUAUCAAGGCCACCACCUCCCCCGCGACCACCACUUCGGCCGCGGGCGCCCGCGGCGGCGCUGCGACGGAGGAGACCAAGUUGCCGCCCCUGGCCUCGCGGGCUCGCUUCCUGAAGUGGAUCGUCAUCGCCACGCUAGUGCUCAACGUCGCCCUCUUCCUCGGUAUUCCCUCCCCGCGUCCUGUGUGGCUGUUCACCACGGACCACGGGCUGCCCUGGUUCAUCUAUCCACUCGCCGUUUCCGUCAUCCUCUGCGGCUCUCUCUAUCUGGCGUCGCACAACGUGGAGAAGCCCUGGCUCCAGCUCCACUUACUCGUUUCGGCCACCAUCAACUUCACCAUCAUCUUCACGUAUGUGUUCAAGUUCGACCGGCAGCCCUACUUUGCCUACGUGCUGCUGCCCUCGGCGGGCCUGCUGUGCCUCCACCUCCUGCUCACCGACCACUGGGGCGUCAUGCCGCGGCCCCACAAGUACUUCUACGUGCACCUCGUCUCCAUCUACGUGCCGCUCAACCUGGGCGCCUGGGCCAAGGCCCACGAGCUCCGCAUGCCGUCGUGGCGCAAGGAAGCCGACAAGGCUCCGCCUGUGGUCACGCCCGAGGUGGGGUCGUCACAGCCCACGCCCGGCUCCCAGGUGUAA